AUGACAACGCUGAUGGCUUCGCUUCUUUGGCUACUUGCCUACCUGAGCUGUGUUUCAGCGGUUCCCGUCGAGGUGUUUACCAGCAACGACACCUCCAUAGCACUGCAAUACCCAUACUCCCUCCAACUCCUUCUUAGCGUCGUUGCGAUCCACCAAUACCGCUGGUUCAUCUACCAAGGCCCUCAAGGUAUCGCUGUCGAUCCCUGUGAGGAUCAUGACGGCCAGAUGCCUGCGGAAUUCAAGCGCGUCUUCUAUGGUGUGAUGUUCCAGGAUGAGGAUGAUGCUAUCAACCAUCCCCCGUUUCCCGAUCGCAAGGUAUACACCAAGAUCGAAUACUCUAAUUACGAUGACUGCAAGUACAUAGGCACGGGUAUCGAUGCUGGGCAAUUCCGAUGUGGAGACCACUACAUCAUUGAUUGCGCGAAGGACCCGAGAUAUGAUGAGGCUACUAUCAAGUGUGAUGAUGAUCAGCUGCCGAAGUUCCAUCGAGGGUAUAAUUGCGAGUUCUAA